UUAGGCAUAUGUUUGGCAAGUCUAAUGACUCCAAUGAUACACAAAACCCCAAUAUGCCUGUGUUCAAACCCAAUAGUAUAUUUAUGCCUCAAGUAUCGAAUCCUUCCAUUCACACCUGUAGAAUUGUGGAACAGGAUGUUUGAAACUUUUGUCCGUCCAAACCAAUUUAUUCUCCAAAGAAUGUGAGCCGAGAUGAAAGACUAGCCAUUCAGGAACUUGCUAAAGAUACUCAGAUUUUCAUUAAACCUGCUGAUAAGGGAGGAGCUAUAGUCUAUCAGACUAUAAGGCAGAGAGACCUAUCGCCAGCU